GGAGAUUAAUAAUUGAUGGGUUCCUAUUUGUAAAUGCAACUGGUAACUCUGUGCUCCUGUCCUCUGCAUAGUGACCCGCAGAUGAGAAGAGGUGCCGCAGGACUGCCUGGACACAACAUGAAGAGGGUUUUAGUUCUCCUGCUGGCCAUAGCACUCGGGCAUGCUCUAGAGCGAGGCCGAGACUAUGAAAAGGACAAAGUUUGCAAUGAACUCGCCAUGCUGGGGAAAGAUGACUUCAGAUCUUUGUCACUCAUCCUAUACAGCAGGAAAUUUCCCAGUGGCACCUUUGAACAGGUCAGCCAGCUGGUGAGGGAAGUUGUUGCCUUAACUGAGGAGUGUUGUGCGGAGGGUGCUGACCCCAACUGCUAUGACACCAGGACCUCGGAGCUGUCUAUCAAGUCCUGUGAAAGUGAUGCCCCUUUUCCCGUACACCCUGGAACUCCUGAGUGUUGCGCCAAAGAGGGCCUGGAGCGGAAACUCUGCAUGGCUGCCCUCAGUCACCAGCCACAAGAAUUUCCCACCUAUGUAGAACCAACAAAUGAUGAGAUCUGUGAGGCAUUCAGGAAAGAUCCAAGGGGAUUUGCUGAUCAAUUUCUAUAUGAAUAUUCCAGUAAUUAUGGACAAGCUCCUCUGCCACUUUUAGUCGGCUACACCAAGAGUUAUCUCUCUAUGGUUGGAUCCUGCUGUACUUCUCCAAGCCCAACUGUAUGCUUUUUGAAAGAGAGACUCCAGAUUAAACAGUCAUCACUUCUCACCAGUCUGUCGAAUAGACUCUGUUCACAAUAUGCUGCAUAUGGAAGGGAGAAAACAAGGCUUAGCCAUCUCAUAAAACUAGCCCAAAAAGUGCCAACUGCUAGCCUGGGGGAUGUAAUGCCACUAGCUGAAGAACUUACUCAAGUCCUGUCCAGAUGUUGUGAGUCUACCUCAGAGGACUGCAUGGCCAGAGAGCUGCUUGAACACACAUCAAAUAUAUGUGGCAGCCCGUUCAUAAAGAAUUCUAGGUUUGAAGAGUGCUGUCAAGAAAAAACACCCAUGGACACUUUUAUGUGCACUUACUUCAUGCCAGCUGCUGAGCCACUUCAAUUGCCAGCCAUCAAGUUGCCCACAAAGACAGACCUGUGUGGUCAGAGUACCACCCAAGCCAUGGACCAGUAUACAUUUGAACUAAGCAGAAGGACCCGCGUUCCAGAAGUAUUCCUCAGCAAAGUGCUGGAGACCACGCUGAAAUCCCUUAGUGAAUGCUGUGAGGCACAGGACUCUGCCGCCUGUUUCAGCACUCAGAGUCCCCUACUGAAGAAGCAACUAACUUCUUUCAUUGAAAGGGGACAGGAAAUGUGUGCAGAUUAUUCUGAGAACACAUUUACUGAGUACAAGAAAAAACUGGCGGAGCGACUGAGGACAAAAACACCCAACGCCUCUCCAGGGGAGCUGGAGGACAUGAUGGGCAAGCGCUCAGACUUCGCCUCCAAGUGCUGCUCCAUCAACUCACCUCCUCUCUACUGCAGCUCACAGAUUGAUGCUGAAAUGAGAGACAUCCUGCAGUCCUGAUGCAGUGCAUAUGUACUGUCUUGGAUCUAGAACUGGACCAGCCUGGAAAAUAGCCACUGGUAGCCAAAUCUGAGCCAAGCCACUGAGCUUCCAGGAAGACCACCAAGAUCAUUCCAUUUUUCCCAGCUACAAUGUUUGUGAUGAAGUAUAAAAAAAAUAAACAAAUAAAUUGAAAUAUAGUGCAAAGCCUAA